GGUGGGCGGAGCCCAGUUUGGUUCCGGAAAAGGUGGAGAAGGCUCGAAGCGAGGCGGAGACGAGAAAGGCUCAUCUUCAGAACACUUUCACCAACAUGAACUCUCCACAUUUGUCGCCUCUUGACGCCGUUUAGUCGCCGCCGUGACCCGCUGACGCCCCAGCAUGGACAUAAGUUAACAAUGACGGGGGAGAAAAAGAAGAAGAAGCGGCUGAACCGCAGCAUUCUCCUGGCCAAGAAAAUUAUAAUCAAAGAUGGCGGAAGUCCUCAGGGAAUUGGUGAGCCCAGUGUUUACCAUGCCGUGGUGGUCAUCUUCCUGGAGUUUUUCGCAUGGGGUCUGCUCACCACCCCAAUGCUAUCGGUAUUGCACCAGACAUUCCCUCAUCAUACAUUCCUGAUGAAUGGCCUAAUCCAUGGCGUCAAGGGUCUUCUGUCGUUUCUCAGCGCUCCCCUCAUCGGGGCCUUGUCGGACGUGUGGGGGCGCAAGUCUUUCCUGCUGCUAACGGUCUUCUUCACGUGCGCGCCAAUUCCGCUGAUGAAGAUCAGCCCUUGGUGGUACUUUGCAGUCAUUUCCAUGUCGGGCGUGUUCGCCGUCACCUUCUCCGUCAUCUUUGCUUACGUGGCCGACAUCACGCAGGAGCAUGAGAGGAGCACGGCGUACGGCUUGGUGUCAGCGACCUUCGCCGCCAGCCUCGUCACCAGCCCGGCCAUCGGGGCCUACCUGUCGGAGGCCUACGGCGACACCUUGGUGGUGAUCCUGGCCACCGCUAUCGCACUGUUGGACAUCUGCUUCAUCCUGGUGGCUGUGCCUGAGUCCCUGCCGGAGAAGAUGAGGCCGGCAUCGUGGGGAGCGCCUAUUUCCUGGGAACAGGCUGAUCCUUUCGCUUCUCUGCGCAAAGUGGGCCAGGACUCCACGGUGCUGCUCAUCUGUAUCACAGUGUUCCUCUCCUACCUCCCUGAGGCGGGCCAAUACUCCAGCUUCUUCCUGUAUCUAAGACAGGUCAUAGGCUUCUCAUUGGCGACAGUGGCAGCCUUUAUUGCUGUGGUGGGAAUCCUCUCCAUAUUAGCUCAGACGGUGGUACUAGGAAUCCUGAUGCGUUCCAUCGGGAAUAAGAACACCAUCCUAUUGGGCCUUGGCUUCCAGAUUCUCCAGCUGGCCUGGUAUGGCUUCGGCUCGCAGCCCUGGAUGAUGUGGGCAGCUGGAGCUGUGGCGGCCAUGUCCAGCAUCACAUUCCCAGCCAUCAGCGCCAUCGUGUCCCGCAACGCCGAUCCUGACCAACAAGGUGUGGUCCAGGGCAUGAUCACAGGCAUCCGUGGCCUGUGCAACGGUUUGGGCCCGGCGCUCUACGGCUUUGUCUUCUACCUUUUCCACGUGGAGCUGAGCGACACGGACGGCUCCGAGAAAGGUGCCAAAUCCAACAUGGCGAACCCCACAGACGAGAGCGCCAUCAUCCCGGGGCCCCCCUUCCUGUUCGGCGCCUGUUCCGUGCUGCUCUCCCUGCUGGUGGCGCUCUUCAUCCCCGAGCACACGGGGCCCGGAGCGCGGCCCGGCGCCUACAAGAAGCACAGCAACGGGGCGCAGAGUCACUCCCACAGCCCGCAAGGCAGCGGCGCCGAGGGCAAGGAGCCGCUGUUGGAGGACAGUAGUGUAUAGCCUCAGCAGCCGGGGGAGGGCGGGGCUUAGCCCCCCCAGCCCCCACUUAUGUCACACUUUCAGUAUGUGAAGACUUGUCCUGUGCAGCACAAGCGGGACUCUGAAGAAGAAGAAGAAGAAGAAGAGCGUGUGUCCACUUUCUCUUUUUUGGGCUUUGGUGUGUUCUCACUUGGCCACUCCCCUUUCUGGAUUAAGCGUUACUAACUUUUUAUCGCGGAAGUCCAAAAAGCAGACCACUCUUUCUUUCCUUCACACGUGCAUACAGAGACCAUUUUGUCAGCUCAACACUUUUUCUUUAUCUUCACCAUUCAAAUUUAGCUGUUUUUGUCAUUACGGUUCCAUUACAACAAUCGUUGCCUUGAAGUGACCUAAUAUAAAUAUGUGAUUGCAGAGAAGUAUGGACAUGACACAACCUGUAUGACGACCGCGGUCUGAGAAGGCUGUAAUCGGAUGCUAUUGCUCCCAUCGGAGCUCUUACAAGCUUUUCUUUUCCUUCUCAUCGCCGUGUGUCGCCAUUUUUCUAUGGCAAAAAAUAAUUAGGUUUAAAAACAAAACGUAUUAGUUUCUGUGGUGCUCAUAUAUCCGGCCCAUUUCUGGGAUACUAUACUCCUGUUAGGAUGGCAUCCACCUAGCUGCAGUUACUGCGCCAGCCAGUAGGUGGCGUCAGUCUGCUAUAAGAUUACAACCAUCUCAGUUCCCCCCCCCCCAAAAAAAAGUCUCAAGUGCAUUUCAGCCUCCUCAUCACGUUAGCCAAUAAUGUUUAACACUUCCUUACUUCACUGUAAACUUUAGUGCCAAUUUUCUUCUUUUUCGUGUGUGUGUGUGUGCUUUUGAUUUCCUGGUCAUGAUGUCUUAAAUUUACUGUCUCCAGAUUUAAUACUUUUUUUUUUUUUUUUUAAAUGUCCGUAUCUAUAAAUAUGUACAACCUUUUUAAAGAAAACAUUUUAGGAAUCCCGACGAUUUAAACAGGCGUCCAUCUCAUUUCACGUUGGUUAACAUUUUUCUUUAAAAGUCAGCGAGAGUUCCAAACUAUGUAUAUCUUUAUUUUUUUAUUUUAUUUACAAUAAAUCUUUGAAUAUCAUAUUUUAAAAUCCCACACUGGACCAAACUGGGCUCCUUUAACGGUGUCGAUUUGCCCUGCCCCCCCUUUUUCAGAGUUGACUCUAGUAGAUGUGCGACCUUUGACCCAUUUGCUGAAUGGGUUCCACCUUUGGGUCGCCAUGGUUGCGUCGUACAAGGAAGCAGGAAGUGUGUGCACGUACCUGCUGGCGUUUCAUUUUUUUAAAGACCAUGUAUCUUGUGGCCUCUCUUCCCCCCCCUCUCUAUCUCUCUGUGCCUAAAAUCAGCCAAGAAACGAGAAGGACAACAUUAAGUCGAGGUGGUUAUUAUGUAAAUAAGGGAAACUAAUGAAACUAUUUAUUAAAGGUUUAUUGUACAAUUAAA